AUGUUGCCACCUCAGUUCUACCUGAGACGUCCCCUGUGGGUGAAAAAGAAGCUGUGUCAGUUCAUUCCUGAUCCCUCUAACAGCAGUCUGGCCUACUGGACCCCAAUAACCACCUUGGAGAGCAUGGAGCAGCAUCCAGUACUAGAGAAGCCUGACAUUAAAUACCCUGAAGUUAUUUUGCUUGGUGAAAGUGAGCUGCAGAUGUCUGACCUGGAUCAGGCCUUUGGCCUCCAAACAUAUUCCUGUCAUGAGUACUCUCCACUCCCAGUUUCAGAGCCUCAGACUCCUCAGAGUAGCAGAAUAUCAGAGAACAGGAACCCAAUCAGAUCCAAGACAACCUCCGAAACCGACCUCUCCUCCUGCCCAUACUCCAGCAUCGUCUUCUCACAGACUCACAAAAAUCCUCCAUCACCGAUCCUGUUACCUACUUGUCACCAGUUCAACGACCGGCAGCACAGUAUUGUCAGCAUCAGUGACGUCGAGCUGCAGCUAGGUAGAGACGCUGAGUCGUUUGAAGGCAGGAGGGCAGGAGCACCACAAGAGGGCAGGAGCACCACAAAACUGGAUUCACCUCUUUCCCUAGCAGAUGAACUGAAAACCUUUCCUCUUUGUCUGAAAAAGCAUCAAAGCCUCAUUUCCCUCCAUGACUUCAGCAGCAUCUCUCCAUCCUCUGUCUUACUUUCUCGCACUGCUGAGCCCCCUUCACCCAAACACCUUUUUCUUCAAAGCAACUUAAACUCAGUCCCACUGCUCCAGCCCGACACCGUCACUCACCCCAAUGCUUCACCUGACAAUUUUACGUCUUUUCAUCCUCAUAUUUUCGUGGAUUUCUCCUACUGUCCUGUGGGGUGUGACCCUCACAGUUAG